CAAUUAAUUGUUACUAUGAAUGGAUUCAGCACUGAGGAUGAUAUACAUGAUGUAGGGCAUGGUCAGAUAUGCUGCCUUGUUGAUGAUGCUGAAAGAUGUAGCCGUGCAGCUGGCAAUGCUUGUUACAGUAAAAGAAUUGCAAAAACAGUUCAACAAAGAAAACUCAAACUUAACAUUGAUCACAGUGUGCGACAUAUAUAUAUAUGCGACUAUCACAAAGCAGUUAUACAGAGUGUACGAAAUAAACGCAAAAAGAGAGAAAGUGAUGAAGAGCGUGGUAUAUCUCCUGACAGGGAACUUGAUGCCCCUGAGGUUGACUUGUUCCAACUUCAAGUGAACACGCUACGUCGCUACAAGCGCCAUUUUCGUCUGCAAACUAAACCUGGCCUAAAUAAAGCACAGCUUGCUGAAACGGUGGCAAAACAUUUCAGGACAAUUCCAGUUGUUGAGAAAGAAGCUUUGACCUAUUUCAUAUACAUGGUGAAGAAUAAUAAAAGCAGAUUUGACCAAAAGCAUGACAACAGUUGAAAUAUUUAUUUUCUAUACUGUAUAUUAACAGACAUAAAUUACGG